AUGGCUUCCAGAUCAGAGGAGGAUCUCUGCUGUCCGGUCUGUCAGGAGGUCUUCAGAGAUCCUGUUCUCCUGUCAUGUAGCCACAGCUUCUGUAAAGUCUGUGUGAAGAACUGGUGGAGACAGAAUCCAUUACACCAGUGUCCAGUUUGUAAGAGAAGAGCUUCAAGAGAUGAUCCACCGUUGAACUUGGUGUUGAAGAACCUGUGUGAGUCCUUCUUACAGGAGAGGGAUCAGAGAUCUCCAGAGGCUCUCUGCAGUCUGCACUCUGAGAAACUCAGACUCUUCUGUCUGGACCAUCAGCAGCCAGUGUGUCUCGUCUGCAGAGAUUCAGAAAAACACUCCAAACACAGAUUCAGACCCAUCGAAGAAGCAGCAGCAGAUCUAAAGAAGAACCUUGAGGAAACUCUGGAGCCCUUAAAGAAGAAGUUAAAGGUUUAUGAAGAAGUUAAAGUGAAGUUUGAUGAAACAGAAAAACACAUCAAGGUCCAGGCCCGACACACAGAGAGGCAGAUUAAGGAGCAGUUCAAGAAGCUUCACCAGUUUCUAGCAGAGGAAGAGGAGGCCAGGAUGGCUGCACUGAGGGAGGAAGAGGAGCAGAAGAGUCAGAUGAUGAAGGAGAAGAUGGAGGCUCUGAGCAGAGAGAUAGCAGCUCUUUCAGACACAGUCAGAGCCACAGAGGAGGAGCUGAGAGCUGAAGACGUCUCAUUCCUCAACAACUACAAGGCUGCAGUGGAAAGAGUCCAGCGCUGCCCCCUGCUGGAUGAUCCACAGCUGCCCUCAGGAGCUCUGAUAGACCAGGCCAAACAUCUGGGCAACCUGGCCUUCAACAUCUGGAACAACAUGAAGGACCUGGUCUCCUACACUCCUGUCAUUCUGGAUCCAAACACUACUUAUCCAGAAAUGAUCCUGUCUGAAGAUCUGACCAGUGUGAGACGAGGCGAUAAACAACAACUUCCUGAUAAUCCAGAGAGGUUUGAUUGGUUCUGGUCUGUCCUGGGCUCUGAGGGCUUUAACUCAGGGACUCACAGCUGGGAUGUUGAGGUUGGAGAUAACACAUUCUGGAUACUGGGUGUGUUAGCAGAGUCUGUCCAGAGGAAGGGACGUAUAGAGUCUGGAUUGUGGACAAUAAGAUUCCAUGGAGGUAAAUAUGCAACUUUCUCACAAGCUUCUUCCAUUGAUCUCCCAAUAGAGAAGAAGCUCCAGAGGAUCAGAGUGAAUCUGGACUGGAACAGAGGACAACUGUCCUUCUCUGAUCUUGAUACUAACACACACAUACACACCUUCACACACACUUUCACUGAGAGGAUGUUUCCAUAUAUUAACACUGGGAAGAAAGUGAAGAUAUUACCAGUGAAUCAGAUCAGUCGUACUGGACCUGCGGGCAGUCGGACAAGAGACGAGGAAGCUGACACCCAGACAGCAGCCAAAGAGAACAACUGGGGAACCCACGAUCCUCAGUCGUUCUUUGAAAUGUUUGAGACAACAGCAGCGGCGUGUGGUUGGUCAGGAGCAGAGUGGGCUGUGGCCUGCUGCCCCUAUUAUCGGGUGACGCACAGACAGCGGCGCUCUGUCUGCUGGCCUCCUCUUGGAGACAAUAUGGGGAACCGAUUGGGAUACUCGGCCGAGGACCACUGCCGCAGGUUCAGAGGAACGAAGAUGGGGCCCACCGACUGGCCGUUUGUAUACGCACAGCAGCUGAGGGACGCAGCGAACAGAUGGUUGCAGCCGUGGGAGUCCACGGGCGAGGAGCUGUUCGUGUUGGAACAGUUCAUUGAGGGGUUCCCAGCUGGCACAUCCGAGUGGAUGGCUUCCAGAUUAGAGGAGGAUCUCUGCUGUCCGGUCUGUCAGGAGGUCUUCAGAGAUCCUGUUCUUCUGUCAUGUAGCCACAGCUUCUGUAAAGUCUGUCUGAAGAACUGGUGGAGACAGAAUCCAUCACACCAGUGUCCAGUUUGUAAGAGAAGAGCUUCAAGAGAUGAACCACCAUUAAACUUGGUGUUGAGGAACCUGUGUGAGUCCUUCUUACAGGAGAGAGAUCAGAGAUCUCCAGAGGCUCUCUGCAGUCUGCACUCUGAGAAACUCAGACUCUUCUGUCUGGACCAUCAGCAGCCAGUGUGUCUCGUCUGCAGAGAUUCAAGAAAACACUCCAACCACAGAUUCAGUCCCAUCGAUGAAGCUGCGCAGCAGCAUAAGAAGAACCUUGAGGAAACUCUGGAGCCCUUGAAGAAGAAGUUAAAGGUUUGUGAAGAAGUUAAAGUGAAGUUUGAUGCAACAGAAAAACACAUCAAGGUCCAGGCCCGACACACAGAGAGGCAGAUUAAGGAGCAGUUCAAGAAGCUUCACCAGUUUCUAGCAGAGGAAGAGGAGGCCAGGAUGGCUGCACUGAGGGAGGAAGAGGAGCAGAAGAGUCAGAUGAUGAAGGAGAAGAUGGAGGCUCUGAGCAGAGAGAUAGCAGCUCUUUCAGACACAGUCAGAGCCACAGAGGAGGAGCUGAGAGCUGAAGACGUCUCAUUCCUCAACAACUACAAGGCUGCAGUGGAAAGAGUCCAGCGCUGCCCCCUGCUGGAUGAUCCACAGCUGCCCUCAGGAGCUCUGAUAGACCAGGCCAAACAUCUGGGCAACCUGGCCUUCAACAUCUGGAACAACAUGAAGGACCUGGUCUCCUACACUCCUGUCAUUCUAGAUCCAAACACUGCUAAUCCAUAUCUGAUCCUGUCUGAAGAUCUGACCAGUGUGAGAUUAGGAGGAGAUAAACAACAGCUUCCUGAUAAUCCAGAGAGGUUUGAUUAUUACUUAUCUGUCCUGGGGUCUGAGGGUUUUAACUCAGGGACUCACAGCUGGGAUGUUGAUGUUGGAGCUACCACAGUGUGGACACUGGGUGUGUUAGCAGAGUCUGACAUCAGGAAGGGAAGCAUAAGAUCUGGAUUGUGGAGAAUAAGGCUCGAUGAAGGUAAAUACUCAGCACGGUCAUCACCAGAUCCUGCCAUUGAUCUCCCAGUAAAGAAGAAGCCCCAGAGGAUCAGAGUGAAUCUGGACUGGAACAGAGGACAACUGUCCUUCUCUGAUCUUGAUACUAACAAACACAUACACACCAUCACACACACUUUCACUGAGAGGAUGUUUCCACACUUUGGGACUAGGGGUAAACUCCCAUUGAAGAUAUUACCAGUGAAUCAGAGCAGUCACAGAUGAACAGGAUUAUUAUAAAUGUGCAUUAUAAGGUUGGCCUGAAGAGGAAAACACAACGACAUUUCAGAUUACGGAAAACAGGGACAACACAUCUUGUUUCUGAUUGGACAGAUCCCAUUCUGAAAUGGAAGAUGAUGUGAUUUGUUGUUUCACUGCCGAGAAAGGACAGAACCCGACAGUGUAACAUCAUUUCCUGUUUCUACUCUGGACAACUGUGUGGAAACACAUGCAGAAAUCUGGCAACGUAUCAUACUAAUAACAUGUACUGUGUCUACAUUGACCAUCAACAAAGCCUCCUUUUGGCAGAGAAACAACCAAUCACAUCAGAAACAAGAAGUGUUGUCCCUAACCAUUUCCAUAAUAUGAAAUGUUGUUGUGUUUUGACCUUCAGGGUAACUGUAGUAUUGGGCUGUUGUGAUGUGAUCAAAAAAUUGUUGUUUUGUUGGCAUGAAUGUUUAGAGACAAGUCAAAGUCCCAACCUUAAUCCAAUAGAAAUGCUGUAGCAUCAGUUGAUGAGAGGAAACCACAAACAUCUCACAACUGAGGUGGUAGCAUGCUACCGUUCAGUAGCAUCCAUGUUACACAGCUAACACAUUAUUUGGCUAAGUUAACACCAUUAUUGGCUCUGCUCUCCACGGUAUAUUAUGUCAAGAAAAAAGUCAAUCUCUCCUUUGGUCCAUCGCUAAUUCUCUUCAGUACUUCAAAGUCCUAAUACUGAGGAUUAGAGUGUGAUUGUAAGCUAAAAGAGAAAGGAUUUCUUUGUCAGGCUUUCAGUCUGAAAAUGUCAAUUUCGAUUUUAUUUUCAAUAUUGUCGACUUCUUUCUUGACACAUUGACUUUUUUCUCAAAGUGUGUCUCAUUUUAUUUUCUCAUGUGUGGCCCUAAUACUCAUCCAUAGAGCAGAGAGCAGCUUCAAUGUUGAUGUGUAUCUGAUGUUUCAGUCAAAUUUGAAUUGACUCACUGAACGACACAUUUUUCCCUCUGAGAACACUCAUAAUAAACUGACUGCACAACUUUU